AUGAGGCAUGAGACAGUAUUGUCCUUGCUUUUCCUGGGGCAAGUUUUAGGGGAUAGUAACGCUUUGCAGGUUAUGGCGAGUUUAAACCCGAGAGUGACUCUGGCCGAUGUGCCGGCCAACGUCCAAGGCCCGGCUCAGGUGUUAGCUGCUGGCAAUGUACCUACGGACCAGGCUGUUGCUCGGAAUUCAAUGUUUGCGUACCGCCUAAAAACUUAUAAAGAUUGUCGAGCGCCUGGCACUCCGUCCGUGACGGACCAGGAACUCGCGGCUGCUGUGAAGAACGAGCAUCGAAUCACUCAAGCAGCCGUGGAUCGGGACGACGCGGUCCUCAACCAGCUGCAGAAUCUGGGGAACCAGCUGCAGAACGUCAGUAACCAGCUGCAGAGCUUGAGCGCAACGGUCAACGCCAAGCUGGACAAUCAGGCAGCUAUGCGGGGUAACUACUUUGCCCGCGACUUCUCCCACCCGCUUCGACCGAUCGCGGUGAUGUCGCCGGGCGGUCCGCAGGCCGUAGGGACCGUCCCGGCGCUUCUAACUGCGGGCGGGGUGUCCCCAGGAUCAGUACAGGAGCUCAUCGAGCUCACUCCUGCACAGAUCGUCACUCUGCAGACCUACUACAAUCACAACUUUGGGAUUGCAGUAGGAGACAACACGGAAAUGCAGAGGCACAAAUUUGGGCUGUACAUUGGAUGGUAAAUAUUAGUUGUCGCCAUCCAAAAAGUGCUGCUCAUAGCCAAUCGGCUGUCUUGUUGAAAUCAUGGACUGAGAAUAUGUCAAAUCAAGUCGGUAUGAUCCACAUAUCUUGCAUAACCUGAG